AUGAUAACAUCAAAUCGUCCAAAACCACCAAUUAAUGUUUUGGAUAAACGUGUACCACGAAAUCCAAAAUAUGAAAAUGUUCAAGCAACAAUUGAUACAGGUGAUAGUUUAACAAAAUUUCUCAAACGAAAUGAAGAAUUACGUGCAUCAAGUAAACAACAAGUUGGUGAAAUAUUUAAACGUAUGAAAAUAUCGACACUUGUUCAAUUGAUAAUUCAAGUAGCAGAAAUCAAUUCAUUAGAUACACCAAAAAAUGCUGAAUUUGAUUCAUUUGCAUCACAACGAACAUUUACCGAUACGGAUCGACCUAAUACACAAGAUAGUCAGAUAAGUGCAGAAACAACACGAUCAACAUUACAAAGUGUUAUUCGUGGUGUUGGAGAAAUGGAUGUAUAUAAUAAUCAUCAAAAUCGUUUUUCAACAACACCUGCAACACCUAAAACUCCAAUGAGUAUACAAAAUAAUUUAGAAUUUGAAGAACGACCAUAUUUAAUUGUUGAUCUUCGUGAUAAAGAUGAAUUUCGAGCAAAUCAUAUUGUUUCAGCUCAUCAUUAUCCAGCUGCUAUGCUUUCACGUUGUUCAAAUAAUGAAUCUAAAGAAUUACUUAUUUAUAAAAAUCAAAAAGGCAAAAUUAUUAUCUUGUAUGAUGAUGAUGAACGAAUUGCACCAAAUGCUGCAACGAUUAUGGUAGAACGUGGUUAUAACAAUAUUUUCUUACUUUCUGGAGGCUUGAAAUAUGCUAUUCGAAAAUUUCCUCAUGGUCUUUUGACUGGCUCAUGUCCAUUAUCAUGGACAUCAUCAGGUACACCACAAACACCAUCAACAAAAGUUAAACGUUCACAAUCAAUGAAUACUAAUCGUCAAGAAACACCCGUUGGUCAAUCUGCUGCUAGUGUAACACGACCUUCAGCAGGUCCUAUGGUUAGAUUUGAUGUACGGGAAGAAUUUACUAAUAAUGAUAUUGAAGAUUUAAAUGCACAACUUGAAAAAAAUUUAUUACCAACCGAUAGUGGAACUCGUUUAUCACGCUCACAAACACAAGCAUCAAAACAAAGUUCACGCUCAUCAAUUGCUUCUGAACGAUCAAAUAUUAGUAAUGUUUCGGAUAAACCAUGGAAACCAUGA